AUGUAUAAAGGAGUAUAUUUGAAGGACCAUGUGGCUGAUAAGGCACACAAGACAUGUUUAUCGCAAACAGCCUCGGAGUUAUCUGUAGACUCUUGGGCACUAAGAAUUAAAUACUGUAAAGAUACGCUUGAAAAUAUUAAAGCGGAAGCCCAAAAAUCUCACGUUAGCGGCAUUAAUGGUAGAAGUGGUAGAGUAUUGAGUGAAGAACAGGAAAAGAAUUUUCAUGAUGCAAUUUCAAAUAAUAGUAAACUUAUCCACCAACUUACAAGGGAGUUAUCUGAGUUGAGAAUGUAUGAAGGCGUUGAGAUAAGAUUCCCUGAUAUUAACAACAUCAUGAAUAUGGAGAUAUUGAUCAAGCCAAAAGAGGGCAUUUACAAGGAUAUGAAAAUCACAUUUUCAUUUCAUAUUCCCAAUCAAUAUCCUAACGAUAGACCUAAAAUCUAUUGCACAUCAAAAGUAACACAGUUACACAGUUAUAUUAUCUGGUCACAUUAUAUUAACAAAUCGAUUAUAAUACAUCCUAAUAUACUGGGAACAAACGCGGAUAAAUGCAAGGGAGCAGUUUGUUUGAAUAUCUUGAGGGAGGACUGGCUGCCGAUUUACACAAUUGACACAGCCAUUAUUGGACUCGUUAACCUCUUAAUUGAACCACAGUUUGAGAACCCGCUUGAUAAGUUCGCGGCUAAUUUGUUACAAAAAGAUCCAAUGCAUCUGAGAUCAAUUAAUCUAUCACUAAAUUACACUACAUAA